CGACUUCCUGCCCCGCCAGAGCCAGGAAGCGGGAGGGAGCCCGGGACACUGGGCCAGGGAUCGCAGAGCCCGACCCCCCGGGGGCGCGCCGGUCACCUUCCCCGCGCGGACAUCAGCCCCGGCCAUGGAAGAAAUUGCCCGCGGGGCGGCCCCGGGACCCCUCCGGCCUGGCCCGGUGCCCGUCAGCAUCAUCGGGGCAGAGGAUGAAGAUUUCGAGAACGAGCUGGAGGCGAACUCGGAGGAGCAGAACAGUCAGUUCCAGAGCCUGGAGCAGGUGAAGCGGCGCCCGGCCCACCUCAUGGCUCUUGUGCAACAUGUGGCCUUGCAGUUUGAACCGGGACCACUGCUCUGCUGCUUGCACGCCGAAAUGCUGAGCUCCCUGGGUACCAAAGAGGCCAAGAAGGCUUUCCUCGACUUCUACCACAGCUUCCUGGAGAAGACCGCGCUUCUGCGGGUGCCAGUCCCUCCCAGCGUUGCAUUUGAACUUGACCGUACCCGGCCCGACCUCAUCUCUGAGGACGUCCAGCGGCGGUUUGUCCAAGAGGUGGUUCAGAGCCAACAGGUAGCCGUGAGCCGGCAGCUGGAGGACUUCCGUUCCAAGCGGCUCAUGGGCAUGACCCCCUGGGAGCAGGACCUGGCCCAGCUGGAACCCUGGAUGGGCAAAGAUCGAGCCAACUACGAGGCCCGGGAGCGGCACGUGGCUGAGCGGCUGCUGGCCAACCUAGAAGAGAUGCAACACACCAUCUCUACAGAUGAAGAGAAGAGCGCCGCUGUGGUCACUGCCAUUAGCCUGUACAUGCGUCACCUUGGGGUGCGGACCAAGAGCGGAGACAAGAAGUCGGGGAGGAACUUCUUCCGGAAAAAGGUGAUGGGGAACCGGCGGUCUGAUGAGCCCCCCAAGACCAAGAAAGGGCUCAGUAGUAUCCUAGAUGCUGCCCGAUGGAACAGGGGAGAACCAACGACUCCGGAUUUCCGACACCUAAAAGGCGAGGUUGAUGUAGAGAAGCUGGGCCCUGCAGACCGAAAAGGAGGCCUGAGUGUGCCCUCUCGGGACAGAAAUGUUGGGGCUCCUGGGCAGGAUGCCCCUGGAAUCUCUCUGCACACUGUGUCUGUGGACAGCCCUGACCGGGAACCAGGUGCUGACCCCCCUCUGGAGCAGGGCGACGUACCCCCGCAGGGCCCCUUAAGCUUGGAGGCCUUGGCACCCCCAGACAGCACAGAGGAGGGUGCUGAGACAGAGAGAAGGUGGAAGAGGCUGUCAGGGCGUCUGGGGCGCUCCGAGAGCCUGCGGGUGAGUGACCGCCGCCGGCCUUCCCGGGGCAGCCUCGGGGCUAAGGGCCGGGGUGGGGGCCGCUCCCGGAGCGACGUGGACAUGGACCCCAGCUCUGCCACGGCCGUGCUUGGCCCUGCCCGACGAGCCACCCCCGAGCCGGGAGACGAUGGGGAACCCGGACGCCUGGGACUGGAACUGGAGCCCGAAGAGCCCCCAGGCUGGAGGGAGCUCGUUCCUCCCGACACCCUCCUCAGCCUGCCCAAGAGCCAGGUGAAGCGGCAAGAGGUCAUCAGCGAGCUUCUGGUGACGGAGGCUGCCCACGUGCGCAUGCUGCGGGUGCUGCAUGACCUCUUUUACCAGCCCAUGGCGGACGGCGGCUUCUUCCCCCUGGAGGAGCUGCAGAACAUCUUCCCCAGCCUGGACGAGCUGAUCGAUGUGCACUCCCUGUUCCUGGAUCGCCUGAUGAAGCGAAGGCAGGAGAGUGGCUACCUCAUUGAGGAGAUUGGAGAUGUGCUCCUGGCCCGGUUUGAUGGUGCGGAGGGCUCGUGGUUCCAGAAAAUAUCCUCCCGCUUCUGCAGCCGCCAGUCAUUUGCCUUAGAGCAGCUCAAAGCCAAACAGCGCAAGGAGCCUCGGUUCUGUGCUUUCGUGCAGGAAGCUGAGAGCCGGCCCCGGUGCAGGCGCCUGCAGCUGAAGGACAUGAUCCCCACGGAGAUGCAGCGCUUGACCAAGUAUCCCCUGCUGCUCCAGAGCAUCGCCCAGAACACAGAAGAGCCAGCGGAGCGGGAGAAGGUGGAGCUGGCGGCCGAGUGCUGCCGGGAGAUCCUGCAGCACGUCAACCAAGCCGUUCGGGACAUGGAGGACCUGCUGCGCCUCAAGGAUUACCAGCGGCGCCUGGACUUGUCUCACCUGCGGCAGAGCAACGACCCGAUGCUGAGCGAGUUCAAGAACCUGGAUAUCACCAAGAAGAAACUGAUCCACGAAGGUCCACUGACGUGGCGGGUGACCAAAGACAAGGCAGUAGAGGUACACGUGCUGCUGCUGGAGGACCUGCUGCUGCUACUGCAGCGCCAGGACGAGCGGCUGCUGCUCAAGUCCCACAGCCGCACGCUGACGCCCACGCCCGACGGCAAGACCAUGCUGCGGCCCGUGCUGCGGCUCACCUCGGCCAUGACCCGCGAGGUGGCCACCGAUCACAAAGCCUUCUACGUCAUUUUCACAUGGGACCACGAGGCCCAGAUAUACGAGCUGGUGGCACAGACUGUGUCGGAGCGGAAGAACUGGUGCGCGCUCAUCACGGAGACGGCUGGAUCCCUGAAGGUCCCCGCCCCUGCCUCCCGCCCCAAGCCCCGGCCCAGUCCUAGCAGCAUUCGAGAACCCCUGCUCAGCGGCUCUGAGAAUGGCACCGGUGGCCGAGAGAUGCCUCCAGCCGAUGCCCGGAUGGAGAGAAUUGUCAGCGACCUCCUGCCCUUCUGUAGACCCGGCCCAGAGGGUCAGCUCGCUGCCGCGGCCCUUCAGAAAGUGCUGGUGCUAAAGCAGUUGCUGUUGGGGGUCGAGGAAGACAGCGGUGCAGGGCCCCCCCGCGAUGGGGACGGGGUGCCUGGCGGCGGCCCCCCGGGCCCAACACCCACCCAGGAAAUUGAGGAGAACCUGCUCAGCCUGGAGGGCACCAUCAAGCAGCUCGAGGAGUUAGAAGAGGAAUUCUGCCGCCUGCGAGCCCUGCUGUGUCAGCUCGGGGGGAGCUCUGUCCCCCAGCCUGGCUGCGCCUGAGUGCUCCGUGUGUGGAGUGAGGAGUGGAAUGUCGGGGAGAGGACGUGAUGGGUCCCCACACGCCCCCCCCGCCCCCGCCCCCGCGGCUGCUGCAGCACCCCACACCCCAAGGGCCUAAGAAAGGGAGACUGGCCACUUCUGGGAGGGACUCAGCUGAAGUCCUGCCUCCCCCUGCCGGCCGCCCGCUGCCUUCCUCCCUCCCUCCUGCCUUCUGCGUGGGGAACUCAGGGCUUCUUUGGGGGGGAGCAGGGCAACACCGGAAGCCCCCGUUCCCGGGCCAUCUCAGUAUUGCCUGUGGAGGUCGUCCCUCCACUCCCCCCACCCCCAAGUGCCUUUGCUCUGUUUUUGUACCCUGAAUUGGAGGUUUAUUUUUUAAUAUAUAUUAUCUAAUGA